CCGACAACGAACGACGAUGGCAUUGGGAGAGGAGAGAAUAGCAGACAAAGGAUACAAAAUGGAUGAAUAUUAAUUAUUGGGAGAAAAUGGAGCAAAGCUAGGGACCAAUUUUAUGAAGGAGCAGCUCACCAAAUGCCUUCAGCUAGAAGAAUCUGCCAAAAAGAAUUGACGUCAAUUUUCUCUCUUCUCCUUGAACUAUGUGCUAUUUUUUGGGUUUGAAUAAAGAACCAUGGAUAAGAAAAUGUUGAGAUUUGAUGAAAAUUUAGUUCAAUUUUCAUCAAAUCUCACAAUAGAACCACUUAAACCCUAAGAGUUUCAUAGCAACUUUUUCUUGUCAGCUGAGAAACUGAUGUUUUCUUUCUGUAAAAAUUUGUUGUCUUUAAUUCUUAUUAAUUCCUUCUUGACAUACAGCUUCUAGAAGUGCUUGAAGGAAUGCCUAGGUUCUCUUCAAGAUAUGAGAAGCAGGUGAGAUUCUUGGCUUUCCCUUGAUAUAAAUGCAAGUUUCCAUCUAUAAACCAACUGAGAUUGAUCUGCUAUUUGUCUUGCUGCUGUUUAUGGUUGGUUUCUAUGCCUGUUUUGUUGGAUUGGUCUUAGUGAGAAUUUUAAAUGCUCAUCUGUUCAAUCUUAUGUGUUUUCAAGUGGAUCUCAUGUAUGAUUUUUACUGAUCUAAAAUGUACAAUUCUUAGUGGCUGUGCAUGUAAGGAAUUGGUUUAAUAUGAGUGAACUAAAGUAAAAGUCAAAGCAAGAUGAAGAGAAAAGUAAUUGAAUGAAAAUAAAAAAAAAGAAAAAGAAAAAGAGAAAGGAAUCCAAAAUUUGUGUCGUUCUUGGUUAUUUUCUUACUGAUCAAUGGUAAGAAAUUGAUUGAGAGCUUUAUAAGCACUGGAUAUUUAUUAGUUGCAAAAUGACUUAAAUGUGUUAAGGCUAAAAUUCAUCUUGAUCUUUAUUUUUGACAUUGUGGUUGCAUCCCUGUGGGCAAUUGUAGAACUUUGCUUUAAAGACAUAACAGUAUUUAGUUGUUUAAGGUCUUCUGACAUUCUUUUCUUUUCCUUUUCUGGUUGCAGAAGAGAAGUUCUCUAACUGUAUUAAGCCCUUUUUUUUUGUCAUUUAUGCCACGAAUUUUUGGAGCUUUUAGAUCCUUUUACUUGCUUUUAGGGAACACUAUUCUUAUUCAAUUGCUUUGUCAUUUUGUUUAGUUAAUGAUUAGAUGAUUUCUUUCUCUUCCUAGAUUGAUUGUGCUGGUUUUGAUUGAGAAUUUACGUUAUGGAUACACAUGAAUUUGCUUACUUAGUGAGGAUCAAUGCGCUUCCAAAAGCAGCCUAAAUGGGCUUAGCUGGCCCAAAAUAGACUGCCAUUUAAGUCGUUUCAUUGCCAAGCUUUACCAUUCAGUUCUAUGCUUCUGGUGUCUGCCAUUAGAAACUGCCUUAAACUACCUUUAAUAAAGAAUAAAUCUGGAAGUAGAAUACAUGUUUGAUUAAUGUGAAUCUGGAAUGUGGGUGCCAAUGCUAAGGAUGAGAAAUAUCUGGGUGUGAGAAGGUGAACAAAGUUUUCAAUUUUGAUUACCUGUAUUGGUUUCAAAUUUCAUUCAUUUAUUGUAGUUUUGAUGUCAUUGCAAAUCUAAUUUGAUAUGUAGGGUGAUACUAUCCAUGCUGUGAUUGAGAAAAAAUAUGCCCAAAAAUUCACAGGAAGAAUUUGAAAAAAUAUCAAUUUUAUACUAUUAAACACCCACUGGCAAAAACAGAUUGGCUAAACACAUUUUUAAAAGAUUUGCUAAGCAUGAUUCAAUUUUGCAUCUUUCCAUUCUUUAAUUGUCAAUUUCUUUAGUUUUUUCGAUAGAAAAUCUGUUUAGCAAUUUUGAAUCCUGCAGCUUUUUAAUCUUCUAAGUUAGUUUAAGAAAUUUCUGAGAGUUAAAGACAUUUCAUUUUUGGUUUUUGCAUGCUUGGUUGAUUUUGCUCUCUAUUCAUGGGGAUGGAAAUAAGAGAGGUUAAUGGGGAGGAAGCAAACCAAUAGUUGAGAAUUAGGUGGUGGGCAAAAGUGUUUACGAACAAGGUUCCAGGUGAAAAAAAGGCUGAUUUUGAGGGGCCACCAAAGACUUCUGAUAUUCCAUGAACUGCUCUUAUCGGUCAGGCUAUUUCAAUUGCUUCAUCUCAAUCUGGGACUGCUGCAUUUGAUAAUUCCUUGCAGACUGCUUGGAGAGCAGAGAAUGAAACUCUAAAAUCUAUUUUGCUAGGGGCCUUGCAAAGCAAGCUUGGUAGAAUAGCUUUGGUAGAUGCACUUGCUGGCCAGAUUCAUAAUCAUAUGAAACUUAGGCCUCCAAAUCUUCUUUCAGGGUACCUUCAUAUCUCCAUUUGAUUAUCUUCAUUUGUUCCUUUAGGUUAUUUUGGAAGUCUACUACCUUUCCUUUCGGUAUUGCAGCUUAAAUUUUUCCUGUUUGUGACUCUGGGCUUUUUAGUUUUUUACUGAUACCUGUGUAUGGUGCUCAUUAACCAACUGAAGGACAUUACUUCAGGAAAGCAAAAGUAAAUAUCUGAGUGUAUAGAGAAAGUAAAUGGCAUUUCUGCCAACAUGCCUUCUGUGGCCAGACAUAGGAGCCAAGCCAUGUCAACUCUUCAAGCUCAGAGCAGUGGAAGGACACUGUUGGACAGAUCAAUGAUGAGCCGCAGCAGUGAAAGAAGGCUGGGGUUACUGGUUGUUGUUUUCUGCCUGCCUGGUGAUUAUUUUUGUUGUUGAUUCUGUUAGAUGGCAAACUAUUAAGUCUUAAGUGCAGUUAUUACUUACCAAGAUAACAUUUUGUUGUUUCUAUAACAUAUUGGUGUUUUUCUUUUUGCUGAUGAAACGAGGGGGAGAAAGGUAGUAUAUAGAUGAGGAAGUCAAAGAUAGGGAUAAAAAAAAGCUCAUGUACUGAGUGCUUUACUUAUUAUGGUAUUUUAUAAACAUUUUAUUUUAGGUAUUAGCUUAUAUUGUCUUUCCUUUUACCAUUUGGAAUUUGUUGUGGUGCAAAGAAGCUUGAGAAUCUGUACCACAAGGAAAAUUAAGAGCCUGUUUGCGUAGCUUCUUGGAGCUUUUACUUUUUUAGUACUGUUUAUGAGUCAUAAAUUUAAAUUUUUAUU